UUGGUCGAUUUUUCAGCGGAUGGUGAUUAUGUAAGCAUGCUGACCUGACCUGGCUAGCCACAGCCACAGCCACAGCCACAGCCGUACGGUUAACCACGGCCACAAGGUUAGCCACGGGGCUGGUUACAGGGCUAGCUACAGCCACAAGGCUGGCUGGCCACGGCUACAGGGCUGGUCACGGGGAUGGCUACAGCCACAAGACUGGUUACGGGACUGGCCACGGCUAUAGGGCUGGUCACAAGGUUAGCCAUAAAGCUAGCCACGGCCACAGGGCUGAUUACGAGGCUAGCCACGGGAUUGGCUAGGGCUAGCCACAGUUACAAGGCUUGUCACGGGGCUGGUUACGGGGCUAGCUACGGUUAUAAGGCUUAUUACAAGACUGGCCACGGUUACAGGGCUAAUUACGGGAUUGGUCACGGUUACAGGACUAGCCACACAGUUGGCUACAGCCACAGGGCUAGUCACAGGGCUAGCUAUAAAGCUAGCCACGGUUAUAAGGCCUGUUACAGGAUUGGCCACAGUUAUAAGGCUGAUGACAGGGAUGGCCACGGGAUUGGCCAGGGCUAGCCACGGUUAUAGGGCUGGUUACGGGUUGGUUACAGGGUUAGCCACGGCCACGGGGUUAGCCACGGGGCUGGUUACGGGACUGGCCACGGCUAUAAAGCUGGUCACAAGGCUAGCUAUAAGAUUGGCCAGGGCUAGCCACAGUUAUAAGACUGGUUACAAGGCUAGCCACGGCAAUAGGCCUGGUUACGGGGCUAGCUACGGCUAUAAGGCUAGUUACGGGGCUGGUUACGGGGCUGGUCACGGGGUUAGCUAUGGCUAUAAGGCUAGUUACGAGGCUAGUUACGAGGCUGGCUACGGGGCUAGCUACGGCCACAGCCAUAGCCAUAAGGCUAGUUACAGUUAUAAGGCUGGUCACGGGGAUGGCUACGGCUAUAGGGCUGGUCACGGCUAUAAGGCUUAUUACAGGACUGGCCACGGCUAUAAGGCUAAUUACGGGACUGGUUACGGGGCUGGCCACGGCCACAAGGCCUGUUACAGGACUAGCCACGGUCACAAGGCUGGUUACGAGACUGGCCACAGUUACAGGGCUGGUUACGGGGAUGGCCACAGGAUAGGGCUGGUUACGGCCACAAGGUUGGUUACGGCCACAAGGCUGGUUACGGGGCUAGUUAUAAGGCUAGCCACGAGAUUGGAUAAGGCUGGUCACGGUUACGAGCUGGUUACGGGGCUAGUCACGGGAUUGGUCACGGGAUUGGUCACGGGAUUUGCCAAGACUAGCCACAGGGCUAGCCACGUACGUGGCGACACGUGAUAAUACUGGCGCAUUACGUAAACUCAGGGCUAUUGUGCAAUCCAGCGGGGUUGCCUCCUGUUUUCGAGGCGGGCUUCGCCCGCUUGCUUUGCUCGCCCCGGCGCCACAGGCGCCACGCAACGCGUGGUCCGUAUAUUUAUACUUAUAGAUCACAAACAAAACAUUCGAAAAUAUCUGGUUUAAGGUUAUAUAACGUUGCAAAGGUUUUUAACGUUUUUGUUAAUAAUGAAAAAACCAAACAUUAUAUUUACA